UGGGAAAAACGGGAGACACUGGAAAGCAAUCAACAGGCACAACCCUAUAUUAAUUUCUGGAUCGCUUUUGUUGUGUUGUAUCUGGUUCAGUAUGUCUUGCGUAUCUGAAAGCUCGCAUCUCAACAAGUUCCUGCGCCAUCGAUACCUCAAUCUUCCCCAAGGAGACUUCUGUCUGGUUACUUAUGUCUGGAUCGAUAAUUGUGGCGUGGACCUAUAUAGCAAGACUCGAACCAUGGACUGUGAACCAAAAAUCCUAGCUGAUGUACCAGAAUGGGAUGUUGGUCUUGAGACUGAAGAAUCCAGCACUGAGAUGCUACUUAAUCCUGUCUGCAUGUUCAGGGACCCCUUCUUUCUGGAUCCAAACAAACUCAUCCUUUGUGAGGUGCUCAAACACACACGGGAACCUGCAGAGUGGAACCACCGUAACAGGUGUAACACGCUUAUGGAGAAGGUCAAAGAUCUUCACCCCUGGUUUGGCAUGGAGCAGGAAUAUACUCUACUGGGAGUGAACGGACACCCUUAUAGCUGGCCCAGACUUGGCUUUCCCAAACCACAAGGUUUGUAUAAUUCCAGUGUUGGUGCUGACAGAGCCUUUGGCAGAGACAUUGUGGACUGCCUUUAUAAAGCCUGUUUAUAUGCUGGCAUUAAAAUCAGUGGCACAAAAGCAGAGCACAUGCCCUCUCAGUGGGAGUACCAGGUGGGUCCAUGUGAGGGAAUUGAGAUAGCAGAUCAUCUGUGGAUGUCACGCUUUCUGCUGCACCGAGUGUGUGAAGAUUUUGGGGUGGUGGCCACCCUGGAUCCUAAACCCAUGGCGGGAGACUGGAACGGGGCCGGCUGCCACAUCAAUGUGAGCACAGCAUCCAUGAGAGAGGAAGGAGGAAUUGAGCACAUUGAGAAAGCCAUUGAGAAACUGAGUAAGAGACAUGAAGAGCAUAUUCGAGUCUACGACCCACAUGGUGGAGAAGAUAACAAGCGUCGUCUCACGGGUCGUCACGUGACCGCCGGCAUCCAUGAAUUCUCAGCAGGUGUUGCAAAACGCAGGGUCAGCAUUCGUAUCCCCUGUCGGGUCGCUCUGAAUAAAUGUGGUUACUUUGAGGACCGUCGUCCCGCCGCCAACUGUGACCCAUAUGUUGUGACCUGUGCAAUAGUUCGCACAUGCAUGAUAGAAGAGAAGAAAGAGAAAUAAUCAAAUGUUGAAUUUUAUUGGAAUUAAUGCAAAUUUAAACUUACAUAAUUUAAAUGAUUAGCAACGUAAUCAAUCACUAGUGCUAUUAUUACACUGUAAAACCCAACAGUCAACUUUAUCAAAUGAAAUGAGUGGAGUUAACUCAAAAUUUACUGAAAGUAAAUUCUACUUAUUUGAAAGGAGUUUUGAGCUCAGUGUUGAAGGUAAUGAGUUAAUUAAACACCUCAUUACUUCAACUUAAAUGGAGUUCACAGUACUCCUAUAGAUUAGUUUUUUAACUCAAAUGGUUUCUUGCAAAUGGUUUAGUUACCUUAACUUUUUGGGGUUUACAGCAUAGGCAGUAGCAAAAUUGACUUUAUUAUUUUUGCUAGUUGCUCUUCUCGACUCCCACAGAAGAUUUUGAGUGAACAUUAGAUUUGUGUAGGUGAGUAAAUGCUAUACUGUAUAUUGUGUUAAAGGGCUAGUUCACCCAAAAAUGAAAAUCUACUCACUAUUUACUCUUUUACCCUCAAGUGGUUAUAAACCUUUAUUCAAGAGUUCAUACUUAGCUGACGAUAGAUUAUUAAGCUUGUUUGGCAUGCUGUCCUGGGAGAGAACUCUGAGCUCAUAAGAUCCUCGAGCCCGGGGCUCCCUCCCGUUGCAGGGCAAGAGGGGAGUUUGAGCUCAGGUAGAUCUUGAGAACUCCCCUGCUGUAGUCGCUAAUGAACAGAUAGUGAUUGCUCUUUAGAGAUGACUACUUACUAGGAGCAUGUCUAUGGUGCCGAUUUGGAUUAGUCAAUUAACUUCAGUUGCAUGCUUUUGGACGGUGGGAGGAAACCGGGGAACCCGGGGGGAAACCAUGUAAGCAGUGCUAAGUAGGAGUAGGGGUGGAAGGGGGAUUCUUCAAAACGAAGAUGGCUGUGAUAUGGAGCUUAGGGUAUUUAUGUUUAUUUAUAGUUACUUAGGAAUCGUCUGAUUGGUGAAUCAUGAAUUGGCUAAUGAAUGACCAGCUGUGUUCCAUCAUAAGCAUGUGAUAAAUAAAUAAAUAUUACUAGGAUUGAGUGUAUCUUUCUUCUGCUGAACACAAGAUAAGAUAUUUUGAAGAAAGCUGAAAAUGUAUGGAACGCGUUUCGGCAGAGAUCUGCCUUCAUCAGGGUAUACUGUUUACCCUGAUGAAGGCAGAUCUCUGCCGAAACGCGUAGGUUUCUUUUAAGAUUAAGCCAUGUGAAUAAAGGCUGUUUAAAUUUUCCACAUAUUCCAAGUGCCUUGGACUAAUUUCUGUUGAUGUUUUGAUGAAUCCCUCACCCAAAGAGCACCGAUAAAAUAUUUGAGUUACCCCUGAGCGCUUUUUAUUUGUUUUUCUGGAUGUAUGGAACUCUUUGGAAGUGGUUACAGGUUUUCAGCUUUCUUUAAUAUAUUCCUUUUUUGUUCAACACUAUAGAAAGAAACAGGUAUGGAAACAAGUAAACGGUGAGUUAAUGUGGACAGAAUAUUCAUUUUGGGUUAAGUUCAAGUCUGUUUUUAAGCUCCAUGAGAUGAGGCAUACACAU